GUCGUUCAGUCCGGCCUAUCACUCGACAGUUGCUCUGUAGUAUUAGUAGUGUGUGAAACUUAUUGCUCCGUAAUCGUGCAGAUAUCUGUUAGUAACUUUUUGAUUUACCACCCGGCCUUGACGAGGAAAUUUUAAAUAGUGUGAGUCGAGGAGUAAGCAAUAAUGAAAAUGGCGUGGCAGCCGCAAGAAGAUGGUUUGCGACAAAUAUUGCAGCUUUUGAAAGAGUCGCAGUCUCCAGACACGGCUACACAACGUGCCGUGCAACAAAAAUUGGAGGAAUUAAACAAAUUUCCCGACUUCAACAACUACUUGAUUUUUGUUCUCACAAAACUCACAUCAGAAGAUGAGCCAACCAGAUCACUCAGUGGGCUGAUAUUGAAAAAUAAUGUGAAAGCCCAUUAUCAUAAAUUCUUGCCGGAAGUGACAGAGUUUAUAAAGCAGGAAUGCCUGUCAGCGGUGGGCGAUCCAAGCCCUCUAAUUCGAGCAACUGUUGGUAUCCUUAUCACUACUAUUGCCUCUAAAGGGGAGCUUACAGCUUGGCCUGAUCUGUUGCCUGCUUUGUGCCAAAUGCUGGAUUCAUCAGAUUAUAAUGUCUGUGAGGGAGCAUUUGGUGCACUGCAGAAAAUUUGUGAAGAUUCAUCAGAACUGUUGGACAGUGAUGCUUUAAAUCGCCCUCUCAAUGUUCUAAUACCAAAGUUCCUGCAGUUUUUCAGGCAUUCAAGUCCAAAGAUCAGAUCACAUGCUAUCGCUUGUGUUAAUCAGUUCAUCAUCAACCGAACUCAGGCCCUGAUGAUCCACAUAGAUUCCUUCCUGGAGAAUCUGUUCCACUUAGCAUCAGACGACGAUCCUGAAGUACGCAAAAAUGUUUGUCGAGCCUUGGUGAUGUUGCUGGAAGUUCGUAUGGAUAGGCUUAUACCAAACAUGCACAACAUUAUUGAGUACAUGCUGUUGCGGACCCAGGACCCAGAUGAAGGGGUGGCUCUUGAAGCAUGUGAAUUCUGGCUGUCCCUUGCAGAGCAGCCAGUAUGUAAGGAAGCACUGUCCCCACACUUGACAAGGCUUGUACCAGUUCUUGUUCGUGGGAUGAAGUAUUCGGAUAUUGACAUCAUUUUGCUGAAAGGUGAUGUAGAGGAAGAUGAAGCUGUACCAGAUCGAGAGGAAGAUAUUAGACCAAGGUUUCACAAGUCACGAACACACACUGUGAAACACUCUGAUGAGAAUGGGGAAGAUGAAGGUGCUGGUGAUGAUGACGAUGCAAUGGAUGAUGAUAGCUCAUUGUCUGAUUGGAAUCUGCGGAAAUGCAGUGCUGCAGCAUUGGAUGUCCUGGCAAAUGUAUUCCGAGAGGAACUGUUACCUGUUCUGGUGCCUAUAUUGAAGGAGACACUAUUUCAUCAAGAAUGGGAAAUAAAAGAAUCGGGAAUACUUGCUCUAGGUGCCAUUGCUGAAGGUUGCAUGACAGGAAUGAUACCACAUCUAACAGAGUUGAUUCCAUACCUGAUAAAUUGCCUGUCAGACAAAAAAGCAUUGGUGCGAGCUAUUACUUGCUGGACUCUCAGCCGCUAUUCUCAUUGGGUUGUCUCACAGCCUCAUGACAGCUAUCUGAAACCACUGAUGACAGAGUUAUUGAAGCGAGUACUGGACAGUAAUAAGAGAGUACAAGAAGCAGCAUGUUCGGCAUUUGCUACACUGGAAGAGGAGGCAUGUACUGAACUAGUGCCAUAUCUUGGGUUCAUCCUGGAGACAUUAGUGUUUGCCUUUAGCAAGUAUCAGCACAAAAAUCUGUUGAUUCUGUAUGAUGCAAUUGGAACACUGGCAGACUCCGUGGGCCAUCAUCUGAAUAAGCCGGAGUACAUCAACAUGUUAAUGCCACCACUUAUUCAGAAAUGGAACAUAUUAAAAGACGAAGACAAAGACCUUUUCCCACUUCUGGAGUGCCUGUCAAGUGUAGCAACAGCACUGCAGAGUGGAUUCCUGCCAUACUGUGAGCCUGUGUAUCGAAGAUGUGUUUCUCUUGUUGAACAGACACUUAAUCAACACAUUGCAAACACACAAAAUCCAGAGCAGUUUGAAGCACCAGACAAAGAUUUUAUGAUUGUGGCCCUUGACUUGUUAUCUGGGCUUGCUGAAGGUCUUGAUGGGCACAUUGAGAAGCUUGUCGUCAAUUCAAAUAUCAUGCAGCUGCUCUUUCAGUGUAUGCAAGAUCCUAUGCCUGAAGUGCGUCAGAGCUCAUUUGCACUUCUUGGUGACCUCACAAAGGCCUGCUUCCAGCACGUGCUUCCGUGUAUAUCGGACUUCUUACCAAUUCUUGGACAUAAUCUGAAUCCUGAAUUUAUUUCUGUAUGUAACAAUGCAACAUGGGCUAUUGGUGAAAUUUCAAUCAAACUGGGUCAGGACACGAGGCCUUAUAUACCGAUGGUUCUUAACCAACUGAUAGUAAUUAUAAAUCGUCCGAACACACCCAAGACUCUGCUAGAGAAUACAGCCAUAACUAUUGGCCGGCUAGGUUAUGUGUGCCCCCAUGACGUCGCACCCCUGUUACAGCAGUUUGUGCGCCAGUGAAAUAUUUUCAUCAGGCAUAGUUAGCACUCACGUGCCUGGAUGAGGGUUUGGUCCAAGAAUUUUAUCCUAUGUUUGUUGCUGUAUUAAAGUAUUUAGGUUUUUUGUUUUGUUUAAAAUAACAUUUUUCAGUGAUUUUGAAAGUAUGAGUUUGAUAAAAUGUGAGGGAUUGAUAAUCUAUAAAUGUGUAUGUAUUGCCAGUGUUGAAGUUGCUGUCACUUGCAUCUAUGUUUUAUACAUUGUUUUUUUGUACAAAACUCAGAAUGUGCCUGAUUUAAUUUUGGUAGUUAUGCAGGAAACUUUUUCUUUAAUUAGCGUAAAAUGAGCAUGUGCUGAAUUGUGACCACAUUUUUCAGUAAAGUAAGAGUAUGACAAGCUCAAAUAAUUGCCACUGGUGCCAAGAGUUCGUAGUCGCAUGGAUACAAAUGGAGUACACCUAGCUCCAAUUUGGGCAAGAAACAAAAAGGAAGUGAGGAGAAAUUUGAAUUUUGUGGCAAAAUUAUUAUUAU